AGGUGUGGGUAAGAGUCGGCAACAAGUAGUAUAGCUGGCUCUCUAACUUUGGACCGCUUUUUGUAGAGACCAGAGAAAUCUUGCUAGCAAGUGUACUGUGUUUUUAUUAAUCUUUUACUGUGCAGUUUUGUAAGCCACAUUUUCCAACGGCGGUCCUCUGAAGCCUGAAUAUUUGACUCUAUGUCUCUACACAGACUGCUUUGGAAUCAUGAGAGACGAAAUUGCAACAGCGGUUUUUUUUGUCACAAGAUUGGUGAAAAAGCACAAGAAAUUGAGUACACAACAGAUAGAAACCUUUGCACUAAAGCUGAUGACUGUCUUGUUUGAAAAGUACAGAGGUCACUGGCACCCUGACUGCCCUUCCAAGGGGCAGGCUUUUAGGUGUAUCAGGAUAAACAACAAUGAGAAUAAAGACCCUGUUUUAGAAAGGGCUUGUUCUGAGAGUAAUGUGAAUUUUUUUCAUCUGGGACUUCCAAAGGAGAUGACCAUAUGGGUCGAUCCCUAUGAGGUGUGCUGUAGGUAUGGUGAGAAAAAGCAUCCCUUUACAAUUGCUUCUUUUAAAGGUAGAUGGGAGAACUGGGAGUUGGCUCAGCAUGUCAGCUGUGCAGUUAGCAGAGCCACAGGAGACUGCUCUUCUGGCACAUCUUCUGAUGAAGAAAGUUGCGGCAGGGAGGCCCAAGUCAUCCCCAAAGUGAACAACCCAAAGAGCGUCUACCAGGUUGAAAAUUUCAAACCGUCCUUGCAGCCGUGGUUCUGCCUCCCCCGUAGAAAGCAUCUGGCAGACGGUCGUGGGUGCCUCCCGGGGGCUGCCUACCACCCGGUGCCCAAGAGCUCUAAGUGGUGCCGGCCUGCUGUGCGCAGGGUGGACAGGUAUCACUGGGUCAACGCACAAUUGUUCAGUGGUCAGACAGCACCAGGAGAGCCUGGAGAAGGGUCCUGGUCUUCCCUGAAGCAAACAUGAGGCUAAAGCCAAGAAAUGCCCCCAGUAGAAAAAAAAAUGCCUGCUUCAGGAAUGGGAGCACAGAAGGCCGUCCUUGCACACAGACCAGCAUUUGACUUUUAGCUACUUUUAAUUCUUAUUUAACUUUAUGUAAAAUUUUAUGAACACUAGUGAAUAUAGGUGCCUAGUAAAGUGGUAGGACAGAGAUGUUGCCGGUGAUAAAAUAAAAUGAAUUAUAGAAAGGAAGACUUGAAAUAAAUACUUUUGUGUUUUUAACAAACUUCUAGUUCAGUUUGUUGCAAGAAAGUUUUAAGUCUUGUUUUAGUCAUUGUUUUAAAAGUAGGUUUUCAACUAAGGAAGAUUGAUCCUGACAGAAAACCCCUCUGGACUUUUUUCUUGAAACCAAUCUAUUUUAUAAAUCUGUUAAAAGCUUGGUGGAAAUUUUAAGAUAAAUCCCUUUUUAUGUCUUUUUAAAGGUUUGAUUUACAACUGAAAGUUAAUAGAUGUACUGAUAUGAUCUAUUUUAUAAAAGUGGUACUUGCUUCUAAUAAAGUAUUCAAACUAAGCCAAGAAA